UGUAACCCUUCCGGUUGAAGAAAAUUUAUCUUAUUUUACGAGCAUGGCAGACUUGUUAUUAGAUUCAAAUAUAAGAAUUUGGGUAUUUUUACCUAUCGUGGUGAUAACAUUUUUAGUUGGAAUAAUCCGUCAUUAUGUUACUAUUCUUCUUUCAUCCGAUAAAAAGUCAGAUCUUCAACAAGUUGCAGAUAGUCAUGCUUUGAUGCGAAGUAGAAUACUCAGAGAAAAUGGAAAAUAUAUCCCAAAAGAUUCAUUUUUAGUAAGAAAGAGUUUUUUCAAUCAUGAAGAAAAAGGAUUUUUUAAUGUAGAAAAAAGAGAAGCCCAGGUUAAGAAUCCAAUGACAGAUCCUAGUAUGAUGACAGAUAUGAUGAAAGGAAAUGUAACAAAUGUUUUACCUAUGAUAGUUAUUGGUGGAUGGAUUAACUGGGCAUUUUCUGGAUUUUUAACAACAAAAGUACCUUUUCCAUUAACGUUACGAUUUAAACCCAUGUUACAGCGUGGAGUAGAACUUCAGUCAUUAGACGCUUCUUGGGUUAGUUCAGCGUCAUGGUAUUUUUUAAAUGUAUUUGGUUUAAGAAGCAUGUAUACAUUAAUAUUAGGUCAAGAUAAUGCUGCUGAUCAAACACGAAUGAUGCAGGAACAAAUGUCUGGUUCAGCCAUGAUGGCUCCCCCAGAUCCAAUGAAAGCAUUUAAAGCCGAAUGGGAAGCAUUAGAAAUAACUAAUCAUGAUUGGCUGUUAGAUGGUGUAGAGGAGGAGCUGACAGGGGGAAUUAUUCAACCAGAAACCAUUUAUAUCAAAAAUAAAUUUACAUAAUUAAAAUCAUACAUGUAGAUCUUUUUUUCAUUUCAUUCAUAAUAUUUUAUAGUAUUUCUCUAAUGGUUAAUUUGAUAUUUCAUGUGUUUAAAUGCUGCAACACUAAAUCUAAUUUAUUAAAGAUUUCGAAUUCAUUCGAAUCUCACUUUUUGAGGAUUUUAAAAUCUGAACCCAGAUUCCGGAAUAUGCAAAUUCGCCUGGUGGUGUAAAUUCUUUGCAUUUACAGUGGCGACCAUUCAUAAAUCUGAAUCCUAAAAAUGGUUUGAAACAUGAAUCUGUAGCAGAUUCUUAAUCGUGUAGUCACUACUGCCUGUUGGCCAGCAUUUUCCAGGAAAGUUUACUUAAUAGUUCCUUAUUAGAUCUUUAAGGUGCAGGGUUCCCGCGGUCCUUGAAAAUCCUUGAAUAUCCUUAAAUUUAAAAUUUCAUUUUCAAGGUCUUGAAUAUCCUUGAAUUUCGCGGAAAUAGGAAAAUAUCCUUGAAUUUCAGUUGAGAUCCUUAAUUUUGUUUCAAAUGUCUUCAAUUCCUUUUAAAUAUGAGAUUAUAACGAUAGUUGGUAAUGUUUUGGUUAUUUUUAAGAUGAAAAAUUGUAACUUUAGGCUAAAAAAUGUCCUUGAAAAUCCUUGAAUUUGACGUAUAUUUAUCCUUGAAUAUCCUUGAAAAAAUGUUUGACGAAGCCGCGGGAACCCUGAGGUGGCAAUACUGUUAUUUAUUUAUAAAAGCCAACCACAUCCAGUCUCCGCAUGGAGUUAAGACAAGAACUGUCUUUGCAUGGAGUUAAGAAAUGAAAUUCUUAAAUUAGUUGGCAACAAAAAUAACCAUAUCAGAGAUAAACAGUGGGCAUUAUUAGAGAAUAAGCAAUACGGAACUUCUAAUUUAUGUAUUAUUGUAAAUUAUUAUUAUAUAGGGGUUUUCUUCCAAGCAGAUCUCAAAUCAAAAGAUUGUAAGUAACUUUAAAAGAGUUGAUGAUAUGCAUAUGUUGAUGUUUAUUUCCUGCCAAAGAAAAGCACUACUGUAAAAAUGUUUUUAGUUGUACUGCAUGAAUAUUAUUUUUGAACCAAGUCGUCAUAUACUUGCUGUAAAUUGUUUUAAUUUAUUACUGGUAAAUAAAAUAUGUGACUAUGAACA